AUUGCUCAAGAGAAUUGAUGUUGCAGAAAUGAAGUUCACCUUGUACUUCAUGGGCUAUGAGGAUGUUUCAAAAGCUUUAAGUGACCCAAUUGAUAGAACAGUUUGGACAUUUUCAAAACCAGCCACUAUAGAACUAACACAUAAUUGGGGUACCGAAAGCGACCCUGAGUUCAAAGGAUACCACCCUGGGAAUUCAGAACCUUUAGGCUUCGGGCAUAUUGGCAUCACCGUGGAUGAUACAUUCAAGGCAUAUGAGAGAUUUGCAAGCCUUGGAGUAGAGUUCGCCAAAACACCAGAGGAUGGGUUUGCAUUCAUCAAGGAUCCUGAUGGUUACUAGAUCGAAAUCUUCGAUUUGGUUAGAAUCAGAGACGUAGUUAAGGACGUUGCCUGACCGGAGGAACCAAGGAA